AUGUCUACCCUUUCUCCUAUUGGAAAUGUAAGAGAAGAAUUUGUGAGAAGGAGACUCGCUGAUGUUGAUGAAACAGAUGAAAGCAUGCCUUACUCUGAUAAUGAAAUCCGAAUGGAGGACAGAAGAAUUUCAAAUUCAUUUUUAAAUUCUUCCUUAGAUUCUUUUUCUGAUCAUUGGAAAUUCGAUGGUGAUGAUGGUCGCCGAACGCCAGACACAAGCGUCGUUCUUACCGAAAAUACAGAUCAAUUUAUUAUCGGGGAUAGAGUUUGGGUUGGGGGCGUUAAGCCCGGACAAAUUGCUUACAUCGGAGAAACUCAAUUUGCUCCCGGUGAAUGGGCUGGAGUAGUGUUGGAUGAACCCAUCGGUAAAAACGAUGGAACAGUUGCCAAUAUAAGAUAUUUUCAGUGUCCGCCCAAAAAGGGUAUUUUUUCUAGGUUGACCCGAUUAACGAGGCAGCCUCUGCUUGAUGGAGGAGCCGGAGAACCUGUCGCAACGAGGUCAAUGAUUUCCGAAUCGAAAAAGAGUAGUAGUAAUGGUAGUUUUCUAGGUUCCGUGCCUAAAAAAUCACCAAUGGUUUUGACGACAACUCCGAGCAGCAUUGGGUCUAAAAGUUCUAUUUCCAAACCGACAUCUCCCGAUUCCGGCAUUAAUCCGGGUCUGGUGGUCGGUGAUCGAGUUAUUGUAAAAAGUAGUCAGGGAUCUAAAGCUGGUCUUCUUAGAUACCUUGGAACCACGGAAUUUGCUGCUGGAGAAUGGUGUGGAGUCGAAUUGGACGAUCCGUUGGGUAAAAAUGAUGGUUCCGUUGCAGGUGUAAGAUAUUUUGAAUGCCGUCCUAAAUUUGGUUUGUUUGCUCCUUUGCAUAAAGUGAGUAAAAGUCCAGCAAACAAACGAUUGUUUCAACCCUGCGUCGUACAUAAAAGUGGUACCCCCUCCGGAACGAGAAUUCGCAGACAUGGUUCCAAAGAAUCUUUGGCUUCUCUCUCGUCGACAACCAGCACUAACGUUUCCGUCAGGUCCACCACUAAAAAAACGGCGGUUAGAGCGCCAACGACGCCAACCUCAUUAAAAACAGCCUUACAGGAAACACUUAAAGAAAAAGAAUUUCACAUCGAACAAUUAUUAAAAGAAAGAGAUUUAGAACGUGCUGAAGUAACUAGAGCAGCCAAUCAAGCCGAUGAAGCGGAAAGACAGUUAGCCAUAUUAAAACAAGAAUUCGAACAACAAAAAGAAAAUUCAGAAGCUCGAAUAUCUGAUUUGGAUGCUAUGAUUUCCCUACUUAAAUCUCAAAAUGAUGAAAUAACUAAUUUAUUAGAAGAUGAAAGGAAAAAAUAUGAAGAUUUACAAUUUAGAUUCGAAGAGGAAACGAUUGACAAAUCCGAUAUAAAAUCAUCUGUUAUCACGUAUAAAGAAAAAGUCGAAUUGUUGGAAAAAACUCUUGCGGAAGAGAGGAAAAGAGUUGAAAUAUUGGAACAUGAUUCUAACAAAUUAUUCGAAUCUGAAGAACAAAUGGUUAUAUUAAAAGAUGAACUCGAUGCCGUUAAAGAAGAACUUCAAGAGCAAAAGAAAAUUCGUUCGACUUUGGAACAAGAACGUAUUUCUCUCGAAGCUCAUUUGACAUCGGCAAGAGCCGGAAUAGAAUCCAUGAAAUUAGAAAACGAAGCAUUAAAAGCAUCCGUCGUAAAUGAUGAAUCAAAUGUAAAAAAUAUUUUAGAAACGGCUGCUCAAAAAUUGGAAGAAACAAAAAAAGAAUUAGAGAGCAAACAAGCCGAAGUCGAAAGAUUAUCGAAAGAAUUGAUAGCAAAAGAUCAGGUUUCGGAAGAAAAAGAAAAAGAAAUCCAUGAUCUAUCGGAAAAACAUAAAUCGGACAUGAGUAAAAUGUCGGAGGAAUACAAUUCUAAUUUACAAUCAAAAUUAAAAGUUCUCGAAGAGCAAUUGAAUGAAAAAAUGAAAUAUUGUAGUUCACUGGAAGGAAAAUUAAACGAUGCAAAUAUUUUGUUGUCGAAAAACGACGCGGAAAAAACGUUAGAAUGUAAUCAAUUGAAAGAAGCGAAACAAGAAUUAGAGGCUAAAGUGAAAGAUUUGACCGAGGAAAUGACGAAUAAAAAUGAUUUGAUCGAUAAGAAAACUGCGGAAGUUGGAAAAUUGGAGGAAGAAAUGAAAAAAAUACGAGAAGAAUUGGAAAAUGCGAAAAAAUUACUUUCUUCUUCGUCGGAAAAUUCGGAUAAGGAAAUAAUUACUCUGAAAGAUAUCAUAAAUAAGCAAAAAGAUGAGUUGGAAAAAUUAAAAAAUAAUUCUGAAACGAAAUUUAAAGAGUUUAACGAGGUGAACGAAUCACUGACAAAAAACAACAAAGAAAAUUUAAACAGAAUAAAAGAAUUGGAAAAUGUGCUGAGUGAAAAAAAUUCAGAAUUGAACAAAUCGAAAGAGAAUAAUGAUAAAAUUGUUAAAGAAUUGGAAGAAAAAAUAAAAGAAUUAGAACGAUUUCAUGCCGUUCAAGAAGAAAAGUUUACGGAAAAAAUUAAAAAUCUCGAAGAAAGGGAAUCGGGAAAAAAAGGAGAAAUUGAAAUUUUGAAAAAAAAUCUCCAAGACGCGAAUACAUUUUUAAACAACGAAAAAGAAAUUUUAAAGAACGAAAGAGUGAAUAAUAAAACUCUGACGGAUAAAUUAACGUCUCUAGAAGAAAUCCAUGAGAAAUUACUGAAAGAAAAAGAAAGGCUCGAAUUGGAAGGUGGGGAUGUCAAUAGAAAAUUACAAUCGGCGAAUGAAAAGUUAAAUUUGUUGACGAAUCAAAAAUUAAAACUCGAAUCUGAUAUAUCGACAUUUAUAAAUUCUUCGAACGAUUCUUCCGUUCAGUUGAACAAAUUGAACGAAGAUUUGAGGGUAAGUGAAAAAACGUUAAAUUCUUUACGGGAAGAACUAUCGGAAAAAAGUAGAAAGUUCGAACACGCGGAACAGGAAUUAAAAUUGUUGUUGGAUAAAAAAGAGGAAGAAUUGAAAUCGUUGAAAGAAUCUGCGACGGAAGAGAGAAAUAAUGCCAAGAAAGAGAUGGAAGAGUUGAAAAGUAAAAUGGAAACGUCUAUGGCAGCUACGCGAGAUGUGGAAUUCGAAUGGAAGAAAAAAACCGAGGAAAUCGUCAGGGAUGCUGAAACGAAAAUAAAUAAAUUGCAAGAAGAUGUUAGGAAUUUAGAAAAAACGAAUCAAGAUGAAAAAAAUAAAUAUGAAGAAUGUGUUCGAAAUUUAAAAGCCUCACAAAACGAUCUGGAAAAGAAUUUGAAAGAUUUACAAACGAAAAGUACGGAAACGAUUCAGAAUUUGGAAAAAGAAAUACGAGAAUUGCAAGCCGAAAGAGUCAAUUUGUUGCAAACGGUUGAAAAAACAAACGUACAAUUUUUAGAAAGUAAAAAAGAAUUGGAUGAUAAAGUUAAAAAAAGAGAAGAAAUGAUUGCGGGUGAAAGUGAAAAAUUAAAAAACGAAUUGAAAGAAACAAACGAAAAACUUUGUCGAACAAUCGAAGAAUUGAGUUCUAUCAAACAGGAAAAAAACAAAGCGAACGAAGAAAAAGCAGAAUUGGAAAAAAAUUCGGAAAAACUGGAAAAAAUCUUGGAAGAGGUUCAAGGGAAAAACAAAGAGCUCGUCGUCAACGUGUCAUCCGUCGAAAGUGAAAAUAAAAUUCUCAAAGAAACGAUUGAUCAACUCCGGGAGGAAAAAUGUCACCUGGACAAAGAUUUAACGACGAAGGUUAUGGAGUUGAUGGAUUUAAAUUCCCGGAUGAAAAAUUUAGAAAAUUCAAAAGAAGUCGGCGACACCGAACGCACGACGGAAAUAAAAAAUCUGGAAAAAGAAAUUUCCGAACUCAAAGAAUUGUUGAAAAAGACUGAAAAAGACAAAACCGAAGAGAUAAACGAGAAAAAUAAACGGAUUGAAAAUCUCGAAAAAGAUUUGGAAAAUUUUAAACAAGAAUCUAGUCGAACGAUGUCUGAAAAAGAUGACGCAAUGCAAAACUUUAACGAGAUUAAAGAAAGAGUGGAAAAAGAUUUCAACGAGGCGAAAAUCGAAUUGGAAAAGAAAAGAGAACAAGUUGAAAAACUGGAGAAAAAUCUUCAGUUGCUAAAAGUGGAAUUGAAUGCGGAAAAAGAAAAAUGCGAGGAAUACGGAAAAAAAUGCAACGUGUCCGACACGGAAAAAAAUAAUUUGAAAGGAAAAUUUGAAGAAGAACAAGGGAAACUCCUUGAAAACAAUUCGGAUUUGACGAAUAAAUUAGCAGAAGCGACGAAGAAAUUAACGGAAGCGGAAAAAAGAGAACAAGAUGUCGUCGAACGAUCUAAAGCGGAAAAGGAAGCGUUGCAAAAAGAUUUAGAUGGGAAAAAUAAUUUGCUCAAAUUAAAAGAAAAAGAAAAUUCUUUGUUGAUAAAAGAAUGCGAAUCGUUGAAACGAGAAAAAUCAAAAUGGAAUGAAAAAAUGGAAGAAAUGAAGGAAAAUGUGGAAAAGGCAACCGUCAAAAACAACAACAACGCAAACGAUUCAAAAAAUUCGGAUUCGACCGAAGGGAAAGAUGAUUUCGAAAAAGGUCAAAUAGAUUUUCUUAAUUCCGUUAUUGUCGACAUGCAGAAGAAAAACGAUGCGUUAAAAGCAAGAAUAGAAAUAUUAGAAAUGGGUUUUUCACCCGAAGACGCGGAAGAAUUCAAUUUGCACAAUAUUAACACGAGGACUGCUGUUGCUCCGCGUUUGUUUUGCGACAUAUGCGAAGUUUUCGAUUUGCACGACACGGAAGAUUGUCCGACACAAGCGAACGAAGAUGAACCUCUUCCACCUUCUAAGUCUUCCAAAACAAAAGUACCUCCUCCACCGGAAAGGCCUUAUUGCGAUAAUUGCGAAGUGUUUGGACACGAUACGGAGGAUUGCGACGACGGUGAAACAUUUUGA